AUGGUCGAGCGUCGCCGAGUGCGACGCCGGCUCCCGAAAGUGCCGCGGAUAGCAUGGAAGAGGCUCCUUGAGCCGGGAAAGCCCGUGCGACUCCCGCGCUACGCCGACACCGCCCUUCGUUUGAUGGCCGUUUCCGUGCAGCCCCGUGGUGCUCCCACGGCUGGGCAGAAGUCACGGAAAGAGAAAUUCGCUGAGUUGCAGCUGAUCCGCAAGGCUAGUGGGGCAGAGGAUCACCCGUCGCGGCAGCGCUUCGCCUUGUGGCGGUUCCGUGCCAGGCGCUCCGCAUGGCAUGCCAGGCCGCUGAAGGCAUUGUUGAACUGCUCCGACUGGAACACCUACCUGAGUGCCGUCGGCUACCCCCUCUUAGUUCUUGGAACCUUGGAGGGAGCAUUGACGCCUCUACAAAAGACCCAAGCUGCAGACGACACGCCAGCGGAACAAAGUACUGGGAUAGUGAGGCCGAAUAACGUGGACGAGUUCUACGACGCGGUCGAGGCACACCUGCGCCAGAACGGCCGCACUCCUAUGCGUCGGCUGGGGAACUUCGUUGCCUUACCACCUGGUGACAAGAGUCUCAAGCUGAAGAAGUUGCUGCUCGAGCGCCGGGACAGGUUCAUCAUCGACCUCUUCGGCAGUGUGGAGAUCAAUCACUCAAGACGUUGGCGCUGGAGCUCGCAAGGAUUGGUGACGAAGCGCCGCCGCACCGCUGCACGGUAG